AUGUUUUAUUCACAUACUCAAUUGGCUCGAAAGGGUCCGUUGGGGACGGUUUGGUCCGCCGCUCACUUGCAAAACCGUCUCAAGAAGUCUCACUACACCUCCACUAACAUCCCCAAAACUGUUGAUCUUAUAAUGUUUCCAGAGGUACCAUUGGCAUUGAGAUUGUCAGGGCACCUUCUACUUGGGGUUGUGAGAAUAUACUCAAAGCAAGUUGAUUAUCUUUUCCGUGACUGUACUCUCUUCAGCACUUGGUUAGCUAAGGCUUUCAUCUCUGCUCAUGUUGACUUGCCUGAGGAUGCAAGACAGGCCCCUGUUGAGUCUGUGACUUUGCCUCAAGCACUUAACUUGGAUGACUUUGAGUUGGAGGAUGACACACUCAAGGGGGAGUUUGAUAAUCAUCUGCGGAGUCAGGAAGAUAUAACUCUCACAGAUCAGGUUCCUACUGGCGUUGAUCCUUAUGUUGCUGUAACAUUUGAUGAUGAUAUACCUUUUAAUGUGGUUACCUCUUUUUUUAUGAUUUUAAUCAGCCAACCUACAGAACCUGUGAGUGCACAUCAUCCUGGCGAUACUGAUGUUGAAAUGGCUUGUGAGACAGAACCAAUAAAUGAGCAAGGAGGAGACUUCAAUAUUGGUUUAGACACUGGAACAUAUGGUCUUCUUAACGAUACAGAGGAAAUCCCUGAGUUCCAGGAUACUAGACCAAGUAACAUGACAGAACCACUUAAUCCCAGUCCGGAGAGAAGCAAUGCAUAUUCUCCUGGAAGUGUUCCCGAGGUUGAGAUAAGGCGUGAUGCUGCACAUGGUUUAAGCCCUGCAUCCCAUCCACCAUUUGCUGCAGAACAACAGAAUAUUGGAGUUGAAGGCACUGGUUCUUUGAAUGAGAAGGAACCAACUAUCCCUAGUAUUGAUGAAGAAAUGUUAAAUUCUGGAGGACAUUCGACCUUUGAGCUUCGCUCAGAAUCUCCAGGUUUUGCUGGUUCUGUGGAAGAACCUGAAAAUUUUGUGCAUCCAUCACCUCAACUAGUUCUUCAGCCAACUCCACCUCCUGCACCACAACCAAGGCCAAGGAAGAGGAAGCAGUUUGAUAAGGUCACAGUAUUAACUAACAGGGCAAUGAAAGAUAGGCUUGAGGACCCUAGUGAUACUCUUCUUAAAAGAAAGAAGAUGCCUUCUUCUAAACUAAAUGUAUGGAGAAUGAAUAACCAGUCCAAGAAGGAUCAGAUUUUCAGUGAGCCCUUGCUUACAAGCUACUCAGAUGCUCUACGCAGUGUCUUUGACAAGGACUGUGUAGCUUCAAAGCCAUAUCUUGCUGUUCCUACUGAAACUAUACCAGAACCUGCACCUGUAUCAUCUCCUACUCGAGAAGCUGAUACAGAAGUUAACCCAACCUCUCCAAUUCCACAAUCUACGGUUCCUGAUUCUACUAAUCAAGACAGUACAGUUCAGCUGUCUCCAGUUCAGCACACUGAAGAUGUCCAAGACUCUGCAGGUCCUCAAUCAACACCUGCGGAGUCUGUAGCAAGAGAAGCACAGUCUCCACCGCCAUUUAAUAAUGAUGACACUGGAAUCGAACGCUUAAGGGAAGGUGGUUACACUGAUUACAUGCCCUCGCCACCUCCAAGAUUUUCACCUUCUAGAACUGAUGACUUCACCACUCAGAGUAGAAUCUGGGAGACGGAAUCUUACAGAACAGAGCCUUCUACUUCCACAUAUAGAGAGGAUCUGCCUGGACCAACGAACUCAGGGACUUCAGCUAUUCCUGAAAUGACAGACGAGGAACUUUAUUUCCUAGAGGUAGGUGGCAAUACCCCGGUGCAAUCACCAGCUAGUCAAGAUUCUGAUGGUUUGACAGGGAGAACAAGAGCGUUGGCGCAGUAUCUUAGAGAACGUUCUUCAAGUACUCCCACUUCAAGCUUUUCAUCUGGAGAUCUAAGUUUGGGAAAGAUCUUGGCCGGAAAGACAAGGAAGCUAGCCGCUCGAAUGUUCUUUGAGACACUGGUGUUAAAGUCUAGAGGACUUAUAGAUAUGCAACAGGAUCAACCCUACAGCGAUAUCACUCUGAAGAUGAUGCCUGGCCUUUUCUCAAAAGUUCAACCAUGAAUAAACGAUGCUCAUUAGAUUUUAUUUAUGUGUAUAAUAGCAUAGUAUGCAUAGAUAAGCACAAG